CACUGCAGUAUUUACAAGUGAAGUAUUUUAUGUUAAAGUUUCCAAAGUGUUUUAACGAAUAUUUUGUCUAAAAACGCAUUAUAGGUGACUGUGAUAGUUAGUAAUUAUAUAGCGUGGAAAUAAAAUGUGGAAGUUAUUCGUGCUACCAGUAUACGGUUUCUUGACAGCUCAAGCAAAACAGAUGCCUUGUUACGCCUGCCUAAACUCUGUCUGUUACAGUCCGUAUGACAGAAUAUUCACAGACCAAAAGCUAUCUGGACAGCUAGCAGUGGAUAGGAACGCAAAUAUCAUCUACUACCACUAUAAAGAUAACGGAAAAGAUUUCACCAAAGCAUUCGAUCUUACUAAAGCUAACUCAACUUUUCUCCCUUUAAACUUCACCUUCGCACACGCGGUAGACCAAACUACAAGAGAUUUAUAUUUAUCCGGAGAAAAGGGUAUAUUUAAAUAUAACCCUAAAGAAAAUACAGCAGAAUUAUACGCAGUCAAGGAUAAAACAAUAUGGCAUAUGCAUUUCGAAGACAGUUUGUAUUACACCGAGUUCAGGCAUAAAGGACUUUUUACUAUAAACAACAAGAAGCCAAAAGAAAUACCGGAGCUAAACGAAUAUCACAUCGACGAUUUCAUAGUUGAUAAAUACGGGGAUAUUUAUUUUAUGAGCGAUUCCGCACUCUUCGUAUUCAGAAAUGGGAGUAAGAAACCUGAGCUGUUUAAAGACGAAAUUUAUUUUUUGACAACGGACAAAAAUGGCGAAGCUUAUUUCGUUCAGCCAUACACAAGGGGAAUAUAUAAAAUUGAUUAUAGGAAUGCAAGAAUGACUGAAGUAGGAGCGUUUAAAAGAGGUUUGGCAUUCAAAGUCGUCUUCGAUGGUGAUAAUCACAUAGUUUUCUACGAGUCAACAAAUAAAAUAUUGUACUAUCUGUCACCAGUAUUGAGUAAAUGUACGGUUACGACUCGAGGUGUUGGCAAGAACCGUCGGAAGGUUGUUGUGAGGAAAUCAAAUAGAGACAAUCCUAGAAUCCAUCGCGGAAGAUUGGAAUUUAAAUCGAGUCAAAUUUUAUGAUAAAAACAUUUUUUAUAACAAAAAUAGGAACAG